AGCUGCUGACACCUGAGUUCAGAUAAAAUGUGACAAAACAUCUGAUGGAGAGCAGUCAUGUUAGAGAUCGGGCAACUCUCUGUCUACCUGAGCGGGAUGAGAUAAUAAGGUGGACCUGUGGCACUUGGGCGGUUGUUUUGCCAAGCACAACCUAUGAUGAUGACACAAAUCUCUAAAAUAAGCUAACAAUUGUGGAACAUUCCGCAUGUCGCCGGAUAUCUUGUUGCAUUUGGAAGUGAUCACAUAUGAGCAAAGCACUUCCAAGUCGUGUACCCAUUUGAGGUGGCAUCUUCGGUGUAGAAAAAAGGCUUCCAAAACCAAGAAUGACACAAGAGAAGCGAAGUUUGCACAAAUUGCCACCCGAUGGAGGCUGGGGAUGGAUGAUUGUGAUUGGCUGCUUUUUUGUUACUGUUUGUACUCGUGCAGUUACCAGGUGCAUAUCUAUAUUCUUUGUAGAGUUCCAGUCAUACUUUGCUCAAGACUAUGCAAGGACUGCUUGGAUACAUUCCAUUGUCGACUGCUCCACUAUGCUAUGUGCUCCUAUUGGAAGCUACGUGAGUAAUCAUUUCUCCUGUCAAGUUGGCAUCAUACUCGGAGGAGUGCUCGCAUCCACUGGACUAGUUCUGAGUUCUUUUGCCACAAGCCUGGAGUAUCUCUACCUCACUCUAGGUGUGCUCACAGGCCUUGGAUUUGCACUUUGUUACAGCCCUGCCAUUGCAAUGGUGGGCAAAUACUUUGAGAAACGGAAAGCUUUAGCGUAUGGGAUUGCAAUGUCUGGGAGUGGCAUUGGCACCUUUUUUUUAGCCCCUGUGGUUCAGCUGCUCAUUGAACAGUUUUCCUGGCGAGGGGCUUUACUUAUCCUUGGAGGAUUUGUUUCCAACCUCUGCGUUUGCGGUGCUUUGAUGCGGCCAAUUACCCUUAAGGAGGACUCUUUACGUUAUCCACUCAAAGGAGAGCAGAUGGAGAAUGAGGCAAAUACGAGCACUCAACUGGAUUCCUCAUGCUCCCCUCUGUGCCAGGACUGUUCUCAUAAGAGACUUUGCUACUGCACCACAAAGGAAUACAGUUUCUUACUAAAACCAAAGUUCGUCAUUCUCGCAGUGUCUUUCCUUUUUCUGGCCUAUGGAUGUAGUCCUCCCUUCGUCUACCUUGUGCCUUAUGCUCUAAGUAUGGGAGUUAGCCACCAAGAGGCUGCCUUCCUGAUGUCCAUUCUUGGAAUCAUAGACAUUGUUGGUAACAUCACCUUUGGAUGGGUCACUGAUAGAAGGUUCCUAAAGAAGCAUCGAUACUGCUGCUACCUCAUAGCCGUGGGCCUGGAUGGCCUCUGCUGCCUGUUUCUUCCUUUCCUGACACGCUUCCAGUUGCUGGUGCCUUUCUCUGUCAUGUUUGGAUACUUUGAUGGGGCCUAUGUGGCUCUCAUUCCUGUCAUUACUGGAGACGUCGUAGGAACUUCCAAUUUGUCCUCCGCCCUGGGAGUGGUGUUCUUCCUGCACGCAGUGCCAUAUUUGGUGAGCCCGCCCAUUGCAGGUUGGCUGGUGGACACGACCGGUGACUACACAGCAGCAUUCCUCCUUAGUGGAUUCUCCAUGAUAUUCUGCGCUGUUCUCUUGGGUCUGGCUAAAAUGAUAAGAAGGAUAAAGAAGAAACCCCAGCCUGUAGCUGUGGCCACUUCUGAUAUAAAGCAAGAAAUCUGGACUAAUGGAGAUGUGUCCUGUGUCAACACAAUAAACCAAAAAGAGGUGUAGGUAAUGAAUUGUGCCAAGAACAAACAAAAUAUGCCGUUGUUAAGCAACUUUCUCAUGCAAUCACAAACCAGCAGGAAUCUACCGUGGGUACCGUUUAUAACUGGGAAAAGACAAUAUUAAUCAAGGAAGGUUUCAUACAAUUGCACAAAGUGGGCAUUGCGGAGGAAUUGCCAAAAUGGAUUAAGCUUGAGUUGCACACCGACUGCACAGAGACUGCUCGUUAUAAUGCAAUGGAUGGACAUGAGUAAAGGGUUUUGUAAUGAUAAUCUCAACCAAGGAGAAUACCUUGUGCCUUACUAGUAUAACUAGUACCCAGAAGCAGCUGUGCAGCUUCAUAUCUGGGACAUUUUUUCUUAAAUAUCAAGCUAAAUGCACAUUAUUGCGAGGAGAAGACACUGUGUGUGAUCGGUUAAUCGAGUCUUCCUGAUUCCGGACUGGAACGCAUUGCCAUUUACUUGAAUGGAUUUGGGGUGGGUCAGUGGAUGUCAAUCAGAAAACCAUUAAAUUGAUAACAAUGAA